ACAAGUGGGUGAACGCCCCCCGCCAGAUGAUCACCCUACCGAAUGGCAAGAGGUCAUGGAAGAGGCAAAGAUCUGAGUGUGACACUUUUCUGCAUCUAAAGUAUACCAGCCGCGUGAUGGAACCAUUGUCCGUUGGGAGAUUGGUGAACGAGGUGCUCAGCAGGAUGGUGGGGGAUGACACGGAGACCUGGUUGGAGUGCACAAGGAUCGGCUGGACCUAUAACUCUAACAUAGCCUCCAAACUAUGCAAACCGGCGGAGGCGUUCUGCGAUUUCGACGUAUCGCAAUGGAUGGAGAGCUACGAUCCGGAGCGAUGUCCGUGCAGGACGCGGAGGUACUCAGACAUGCGCACGCAUGUCAUCACACUGGACUCAUCGAUCACGGAUAGCCCGCUGCUGCAGGGCAUCAUCAGAGCAGGCCUCAACCAUAUCCUAUGCAUGGCUCUGGAUGUGGAUGAGGCGAUCAACGAACUGGGGAAUUUCCUGGACAAUCUUUUCGCACAGGUGAUGGAGCUGCACGACCUUACUGACUCCACCAAAGCAUUGCUUCGUAGAAUCAUCUUAAAGAAGGGGAGGGGAAGAAUCGAGAAGUACAGAACGACAUACAGACAUGCUACCGCGGAACCGUUCGAGCAUCCUGCCGUCAAAAGGGAGCUGCAGUUCUUAACGGGCAGAUUCCUCAUCUGUCCAACGGAUAAGGCUCCCAACACUCCAACCUUCGUCUGCAAGCACUUCAUACGGAAGCUGGCUUUCAAGAGGUUGUCCGACCCUGAAUUCGCCAGCAUUAAUGCACCACCUAUGGCGGUCAUCUCGCACAUACCCGGCGAACUCUCUGCUUUGCCUGCGCUCCCUGCUGCGCCGGCAGCGCUCCCAUAUCUCAUAACGGUUCUGAAGGUGCACAAGGGGACUUUCCGCCGAAUUACGAACACUGCCAAUACCAUCAUCUCUCCUGCAGCGGAGGUCUGUGCCUGCUUGUUAAGAUUCCUGCUCCCGAUGGCGCAGACCUUUUGUCAAGAAAGAAGCCUAGAGGUGGAGGAACAACAUGGAGUCAGGCCGAACCUAUGGUGGGCCAUAGCCUCGGUUGGAGAAUUUUGUGCUAAUCUGCUAGAGAGAGUCUACUCCGUGUUUACAGCCGAUAUUACCAGAUGUUUCGAGACAAUCCCUACGGAUGGCUCGGAAGACAGUCUCCCAGCUGCGGUCAAGUUCUACGUACAAUGUGUGAUGCAAACUAGGAGGGAAAGGAGUUCUAGCCACACCAUUCGUAUUAAGUUCGGGGGUAGCGGCGGGAUGUGGCCAUCAUGGACGGACAGUGAACAACCAGAGGAGAUGGACGUGCUACUGUUCAGAGAGGAGGACAUCUGUUGGCUCUCGGAUUGGUGCAUUGCCAACAGCGUGUUACGCAUGGGUGAUUACGUGUGGAGGCAGGUGAAGGGGAUUCCCAUGAGACUGGCAUGCUCCCCGAUUUGGUGUAUAUACUUUUUUAAGUAUGAAUAUCACGCCAUGAUGCGGCUGGUGGAUACGGGGAAUACCAAUUUGAUCCCAUGCUUUGGUAGCACCUUCAGGUACAUCGACGACCUUGGAGCGAUCAACAACGUCGUUGUCAGUAGCUUUCUGCACAAGAAAGGGGAGAGACAGGCGGAUGAUCCCUGCUGGAUCUAUCCGGAGGAAUUCAUCGAGAUGAAGGAGAAUACGGAACUAAAUGAAGAAGGGCUUGGUCGGAUCGCCAAUUUCCUCAGUAUGACCAUCACGGUCACCUCCCCGAUCACAGGAUCCUACUCUACCACCAGGCACGACAAGCGCACAGGGCUUGGUUUUUCUCCUUGCAGGUUCAUGAAGUUCAGAUCCAACAGGAGUGUUAAGCAGUCGCUCCAGAUCAUUACGGCACAAGUGGCUCAGAUUCUCCUGCUCUGCUCAGAGCCAGAGGAUGCAGCGAAUGAGAUUGCAAAGGUGGUAGCGGCAAUGAGGGGCAAUGGUUUCGCUUUGGACGCCUGUUGGAAAGUGGUCAAGAAGACCCUUCAGAACGCCUACCUCUAUCAACAGGCCCCGCUAGAUAACAGAGCGUAUAAGCUCUUAGGGUCGCUAUCGCAAGAUGAAAUGGAGGAGUGCAUCGAUAGGGCCAUGGAGAUGGAUGUUGCCCCUCCUGGUGUGACUUUUUCGUUCAAUGGAGAUGGUGUGUUCAUCCUGCCAAUGAAUGUCAUGGACGCAACAAAGUGUCCGUCCCGCAACCCGCAGGUCUUGAUCAAGUCAUCCAAACCACCGCAGUCACCCAAUGCACUUUCAGAGCUGAAACACAUUUGGAACUAUGGUAGACCGUACAUAAAGUGUAGAUGCACCGUGGAUGGUAGGGACGAUUGCGGCAAUGGCCCGGCGUGGUUCGAUCACUUUUUAUGGUUCCUACUGUACAAUUUGGAUAUUAUGUACCCAGAUACACCCACUCCGAAAGCCAAGGUAUCUUCAUUGAUGAAGUGCCUCGCGGGAUCUUGGAAGCCCCUGAUCCUUGCCUCAUUGUCCUUCUCCUGUAUCAGGGAGAUCAUGAUGCUUCUCACCAAGCGGAUCAUCAGCAACCCUCCUUUAAAUGCUGAUUUGGUCCUGACGGGUGUUAACCGGUCUGAGAGGAAGGCCUUCAAAGAGUGCGCGAAGGCCCUUCUUCCAGCCCGAUAUGUCAAAAAGAGAGGCAAUGCCUCUGUGUCUGAUCCCUCCUCCUCCUCGGCCAAAAGGCAGAGGAGAGAAGGACAGAGGACUAUGGACUCCUUUGUCCAUCCCGCAGAGUUCACACCCCCCCAGCAGCGGCAAGCGCAGGCAGUUGGCUCUCCUCCGGAAUCCACGAUCACCCAGGUUGGCGGAAAGCGUGUUUCGUUGCCACAAGGCGCUGACAAUAGGGCCAGAAGGAACUUGCAGAUGUCCACUAUUGGAGAUUGCUGAGCUCAACCUCAGAGUCAUCAUCGGUUUUUUAUGUGUGCAGGGACUGAUAAAGCAGCUAACACUCC